UCAGUCAGCUCUUUUCAAACUCUUGGAUGCAAAUUCUCUGGACCUGCUGUGUUAAAAAUGUCUAACUUUAGUAGUUGCUGUGUGACAUUUCACUGAAAUGCUAGUGGAAAGGAAAGAGUGUUGUCACCAUAGAAUGAGAUUACAUUGUCUGUUUUCCCCCCAGAUACAGAACAGAAAUGUUUACUAAACACUUCUGCCUUCUUUAAUCAUCCAUAAUGGAAAUAAAAAAAAUUCUACCUUUGCUAUGUAAUAAGGGCCAAUUAGGAUAACCAGAUAGCAACUGUGAAAAACUGUGGGGAGUAAUAGGUGCCUAUAUAAGAAAAAGUGCCCAAAAACGGGACUGUCCCUAUAAAAACGGGACAUCUGGUCACCUAGGACCAAUACUGUUGUCAGGAUUCUUUUUGUUCCUAUGUAUAACUAAAUCCUUGCAUGUCUAUGUCUAUGAUUUGCUUGUCUCUGUCUAGGAUUAUGAGCACAGAAUAAAUUGUGGGCAACUAAAGAAAGUGUCUUCUAUGGGGGUGGGGAAGAAGACAGCCUAUGAACUGGGGUAGAAUUUGUGUCUUUUUAUAUUGUAACAAACCAUAUGUUUGUAUUUUAUUUGUAUUUUAGAACUGCUGCUACAUUGGUAAAUAAGUAUUGGCUGCUCUUAAUGAAACUGAAUCAGACAACAGCCUGACAACAGAGACUAAACCCAGGUUAUAACAGAGCAAGACUUGACCAUUAACGUUCCAGGUAAUCGAUGGCAUUGGCGAGGCCAUCUCUCAGACACCGGGGUGCGUCCUGCUGGAUGUGGAUGCCGGCCCGUCCACCAAUCGGACAGUCUACACCUUUGUGGGGAGUCCAGAUGCCGUUGUCGAGGGGGCUCUGCGUGCAGCCAGAGUGGCUUUUCAGCUCAUUGACAUGGGCAAGCACAGAGGAGAACAUCCCCGAAUGGGUGCCCUGGAUGUCUGUCCUUUCAUCCCAGUGAGGAAUGUCACCAUGGAAGAAUGCAUUAGCUGUGCCAAUCUGUUUGGGCAGCAAUUGUCAGUGGAGCUGGGUGUGCCUGUGUACCUGUACGGAGAAGCAGCGCAGAAGGAGAGCAGGAAAUCUCUGCCAGCAAUCCGAGCCGGGGAAUAUGAAGCCCUCCUUGAAAAGCUCACAAAGGCCGAGUGGGUUCCUGAUUUUGGCUCUGCAUCCUUUAUUCCAAGAUGGGGAGCCACAGUCACUGGUGCGCGCACAUUCCUCAUUGCGUACAACAUCAACCUCCUGUGCACAAAGGAGCUGGCGCAUCGGAUUGCUCUCAACAUCCGGGAGCAGGGCCGCGCGAAGGACCAGCCUGGGCGUUUGAAGAAGGUCCAAGGCAUGGGCUGGUACUUGGAUGAGGAGAAUAUUGCCCAGGUUUCUACAAACCUGCUGGACUUUGAAAUCACCUCCCUCCACACGGUCUAUGAGGAGGUCUGCAAAGAUGCACGAGAGCUGAGCCUGCCCGUGGUGGGUUCCCAGCUGGUGGGGCUUGUCCCUAAGAAGGCCAUGCUUGAUGCAGCGGAGUAUUACAUUCAGAAAGAAAACCUCUUCAUCCUGGAGGAGGAACAGAAAAUCAGACUGGUAGUCAGCCGGCUGGGCCUGGAUUCCUUGUCUCCAUUUAACCCCCAGGAGCGCAUUAUUGAGUACCUGGUGCAGAGUGAUCAGGCAGAUGGAGGUUUGGUGUCCAAGUCACUCCACACGUUCGUGCGUGCCGUUGGCGCGAGGUCAGCAGCUCCCGGGGGAGGAUCGGUGUCUGCAGCAAUGUCUGCUCUGGGGGCAGCUCUGGGCUGCAUGGUGGGGCUGAUGUCCUACGGGAAGCGUCAGUUUGAGGCGCUGGAAUUGGUCAUGAGGAAGCUGAUCCCUCCGUUCCAUCAGGCCAUGAAUGAGCUGAUCGUCAUGGUGGACACGGACUCUCUUGCUUUCAGCAGUUACAUGGACGCAAUGAAGCUGCCUAAGAACACGCCAGAAGAGAGAGAAAAGCGCACAGCUGCUAUGCAGCAGGGGCUGAAGAAGGCUGUAGGUGUCCCCUUCUCGCUGGCGGAGAAAGUGAACGCCUUGUGGCCCAUGUUAAAAGAGAUGGCUCAGAACGGGAACCCCGCCUGCAAAUCAGAUCUCCAGGUGGCGGCUAAAGCGCUGGAAGCAGGAGUGUUUGGUGCCUAUUUCAAUGUGGUGACUAACCUGAAAGAUGUAACGGAUGAAGCCUUCAGGAAGGAGAUGCACGGCAGAGUGUCCAGCUUCUUGGCGGAGGCCCAGCAGAGCGCGGCGUUGGUGCUGGAGCUGCUGGAGAGCCGGGGGCAGUGAGAGAGGGGGGGCGCUCGUUGGCAGCAUUAGCACUGAGGCCUGGCUUGACUGGACCCUACUGCACAGAAUACAAACCUGAAAUGUUCUCA